AUGGAGUGUUAUAACUGCCGUCGAAUCGGGCAUCUCGCCCGUGAAUGUCGCCGACCUCGGGUGGAACCCCGCAUAUGCCGUCGCUGUGGACAACUUGGUCACAUUGAGAGAGACUGCUCCGCAGUCCGCCAGGCCAAUUUUUUAAACGGGGUUGAAGCACUUGGCAGAGCGUCCCGAGAUCUGGCUGCUGUCGCCCCGGCCCGCACCCGUCGUGGCCGCCACGAUGUUCGGCCCAAUAGAUGGGCGCAGUAUGCUGCUGACCAUUAUCCACCAGCCCACCUUGCUGCUGCCCCUGCCGCGCCCGCCAAUCCCGCAGUCCCUGCUGCUGUGCCCGCCGCUCCUACUGUGUCUCUGAGAAUUUCAACCCACGCUGAGCUGCUCGUGACUCGUGAGUUUGGUGCCGGCGCCGCGCCUCCUCGCGCCUGGCGCGCUCUGACCACGGUCGUGGUGGUGCCCUUGCUCGUGAUGGUGCCCGUGGCCGUGGUGGUGCCGGUCACCGAGAACGGCCCCCCAGAUGGGUAG